GAGAUCUCGCCUAGCAAUCGGGCCGCCUGCCAAGUCAAGGCCUGCAGGGAUGCCGGCGAGAAAAUCAAGAAGGGCGAGCUCCGCUUGGGCGUCUGGGUUCAGUAUAGGAAUGACCCAGAGAAGGCCGGCUGGCAGUGGAGGCAUUGGUAUGUC